AUGGCGUCGUUUAUGAUCCGGAUCUACCCGGGCGAGCUGCAGCCGGCCACGGUCUUUCUGCCAGUGCGCGUCGAUGAGCGGACGACGGCCGCCCAUGUCGCCAAAGCAGCCGCCGCCCAGCUCGGCAUCUUUGGCCUCAACAACUUGACGCUGGUCGAACAAGGACCCGACAACAGCGAGAGCGUGAUGGAGCCCGACGAUCUCCCCAUGGAGCGUUUUCUCCUGUGGCCCAGCCAGGCCAAGUCCGCCAAAUACACGGCCAAUAAGUACAAAUUCACCCUGAGACAGGCGGAGAGCAGACUCAACCCCAGACAACUUCUCGAAUUGAAGGGUUUUCUUCCCAGCGCAGACUCGACUCCCCAAGACUUGUGCAACAUCUCUUCUCCCUCGCCGUCCUCCCUUUUGCGCGUGUUGCGCAAGCGCUUCGAAUCUCAAGAAAUCUACACCUGGGCUGGCCCCGUUCUUGUCUCCCUCAAUCCCUACUGCCAGAUCGCGAAUCUGUACGGCCCCCGAUUGCAGCAUCUUCAUCGCGGUCGAGGUCUUCAAACCAAAGCUCAUGUCUUCGCAGUUGCCGACGCAGCCUUUGAAACAAUUAAUAAGGGAAAACAUUCGUCGUGUUCGAUCGUUGUCUCCGGCGAAAGCGGCUCUGGAAAAAGUUUCUGCACUGAAAUCUUAGUGCAACACUUGCUGACGCUUGUGCGCUCGCAUGAAACACGAAUCGUUGCGGCUGGUCCGAUUCUGGAGAAUUUUGGGCACGCGAAGACGCGGAGAAACGUCAACUCUUCCAGGGUCGGCAAAUUCAUGACGUUGAGCUUCGCCGCUGCUGGAAGACUUACCGGCGCCAAGCUGGAGCAGUAUCUCCUUGAAGUUCCCAGGAUCAUUCAAAGGCAUCCACAAGAGCGUAACUUCCAUAUCUUCUACACGCUGCUCUAUGGCCUGGCGCCCGCGGAGAAGGAGAGAGUAGGCCUCAGAAGCCCGGACGACUACGCCUUCAUCAGAAACAGCAACGCGCUGCCUGUGGAAGAAAGAGAGGAAACCGACGGAAGGGGAAUCAUUAAACUUCAAAAUGCGCUAGACUCGAUUGCUCUGUUCGACUCAUCUCAAUACAGGAUUUUCCAAAUAAUGGCUGGAAUCUUGGCCCUCGGGAAUAUUGAUUUCAAGUCAGAUUACCGUGAUCAAGCUUCAAUUGUGAAUACGGAAUGGCUCGAGGAGGCGGCACACUUGCUCUCUAUAAAGCCGAAGAGUCUUCUUUCCCUGCUCACCGAGAAAAGCAGCAAGAUCGGGCGAGGAGCGCACAUCGAAACUCUUACCAGAAAACACAACUGUGCCAAAGCAUACGAGGCACGCGACGGGCUCGCCAAGGCAGCAUAUAGAAAAGUGUUCGACUUUUUGUUGCUUACUCUCAACGCGGCCAAUCGACCAGAGCAAACCUACCACCUCCAAACGGCCAGGAAUAUCGGCAUUUUGGACAUUUUCGGAUUCGAACAGGCGGAGGAGGGCAACUCUUUCGAGCAGUUUUGCAUCAACUACGCGAACGAGACGCUGCAGCUUUUCUCGAAUCAACACAUCUUCGAACUGGAAAAAGAAGAGCACGAGAAGGAAGACUUGCGCUGGACCGAUGUCCAGUUCUCUGACAACGAGGCUAUCAUCGAGCUCUAUUCCAGACGUCCGGAGGGUCUCUUCUGUCUCCUAAACGAGAACAUCCCAGGUCUGAACGAUAUCGUUCUUCUCAAUCGAUUUGAUGAAAACAACAUGGAGCUGAAGCCGGUCUACCGCAGAAAUGAAAUGGUCGAUGCUUUCGCAAUCAACCACUACGCCGGCUGGGUCGAGUACAACAUUGAAGGCUUUGUUGAGAAAAAUAGAGACGUGGUAGCCACAACUUCCUUGCAGAUUCUGCGAGGAAGCAGUUGCUGGCUCCUUCGUUGUGCAUCUGCUCAGAGCCAGCGAGCAUUCUGGCGCUGGCGCAAGCUCCAUCGAGUUAUUCAGGCUUGCUCUGCCUUUCGAAAAUGCUUCGACGGUGGAUUGCCGGAGCUCAACUCCUCCAUCGACGGAGAAGACAUGGAAGAAGUGGUCCUUGGAAAGAUUAGUCGCGCCGAGCGAAUGCAAAAGAUUCACUCGGUCCGGAGCAUGCUCGUACCAGCACUCGAGCAGACGCACAAGUCACAGUCGCGGACGACCACAUCGUUGCAGUACCAGCAAUCGCUCGCCGGGCUGAUGGACUCGCUUCGCAACUCGAUGCCGUUCUUUGUCAAGUGCGUGCGGACGAAUGCGCGCCAAGAAGCGCUUACUUUCGACGAUACGCUGAUUCUCGAGCAGCUCAAGUCCUCGGGAAUGACGGAGACAGUAAAGAUCAAACAAUCGGCUUAUCCCGUUCGGCUGGAGCAUAUGCGCUUUCUACGACAGUAUGGAGCAUUGCUUUCCAAUCGCAUAACUCCAAGCCGCGCUCAACUCGCAGAAGCAGUCGACUCUCUCGGCCUGGCGAAUUCGACACUUGUCGGCAAAACGCAAAUCUUCAUGAAAGACGCUGCCAAAGCCGACUUGGACAAGAAGCUCGAAUUCGCCGUGAUCAACAAAGUUCGCGUGAUCCAACGAGCUGUCCGCGAGUGGAUCAAGCAGCCCAAGCCCCUGGUCCAGAAUUCGCGACUUCAAGAAGAGCUGAAACGGCACGCAGCUGCGAUUGUUAUUCAGAAGCAUUGGCGAGGAUUCUGCGCGCGCGAGCAGUGCGAACUCCGCCUCUUCGCCGCCGUCACCAUCCAGCAAUGGUGGAGGGCGUGCAUGAAACGCGACCGGUAUCUACGAUUGCAGGAGUUUAUCACCUCGCUACAAGCAGUUGCGAGAAGAUAUUUGGCCAAGCAGAAGCUUGCACAGUUGAAAAUCGCUCGUGCAAAAGUCGAAAUUCACAAGCGCUUGAAGAUCGAACACGACGCUGCAAUCGUGAUCCAGCAGUGGUGGCGACGAACUUGGCGCUUGAAAGAGGUGCAGGACGGCUACAAACUAUGGCUUGACUCGGCGAAAGUCAUUCAGCGCUGGUGGAGGCGGAAAAGAGCGGAAAGAAACGAGCGGGAGAGUCAGCUUUUCGACGGAAACGAGGAGCGUUUUAAAACGAUGAAGCUGAUGUCUCCGGUGGCCAAUCUCGACCCGAUGGACCAGUUGAAUGUCGCGUUUGUCGAAAUGGACAGCUCGAGUUCGCAAAUGAGUCAGCUUGAGCCGAACGAGAGUGCGAUCAACUACACUCCUGAACAGACAGAAGUAGUUACUUCUCCACGGCGGCGAAGACAGAGCCCCGAGCAAAAGUGGAUUGUGCCUGAUCAAACUGUUGCUCUAAAGCCAGUGUUUCCCGCAGUCAGUUCAACGCCGCUUUCGAAGCCUGUUCGCCCGCCUUCAAAUGGCUCCAAUCAGCCCUACCAAGUGCAGCUGGUGAGAAAAGAAACACUGCGUUCGCAACUGCACGCCACUCAGCACGGCCGAUCGAAAACGUCGUGGACGGAGAUGGAGCAAAUGGAAAUGAUUCCAACGCCCGAUCUUAACUUCAGUGGCGACGUGAGCGAACUUGGUAGUCCAAGUAGUCCUCCCCCGCAGUCGAAGAAAUCUUCGAGGAGACAUAAACGAGAACAGGAGUCAAUGAUGAUGAACGCACAACUACCGCCAAAAGAUCCAAGUUCUAAAGAAUCCGAGGCCCCAAAAAUGCGAAACUCGCGGCGACCCCGUUCGCGGUCAUCCCAAAAUCGGCGACAGAGCGAAGCUGACCUUCCCGACCAGAUCUUGUUCGAGAAGAAAGUUCGCCCGCGAGAGAGACCGCCAUCCGCCAUACUACCGCGAGACAAGAUUCACGAGAGGAUAGAGCUCCGCCCUGAUGGAUCCCGGACGAGUGCAAGUUUCGUUCUAACGCCUCGAUCAUACGAACAGUCAGAGCGGGUUAAAUCGCAGUUCCGUCCCUCACCCCAGCCACUAGAACGGCGCGACUCAAUUAGAGAACGACGAGAAGUGCCUCCGCCGGCGAAAAUCAUCCAGCGACGCGCUCCAGUUGAAAGACAUCAAUCCGUAAAAGAGAAAAUCGACCGAUCAAGCGAUCGGGAGAAUCUGGAAAUUGACCCAGCCCUGAUCCACUCCCGGCAAGUUCCGCAUUCGACGCGUUUGUUGAGAAAAUCGCACGCAAAAGCGAGUAGCAGCAGCAGUAGAAAUCGAAGCAACUCGCUAGAUGCGCAGGAGCGGCUGGAGACAACAACGACUACGGAAAAUAUCAACUCGCGAAUUUUCAAGAAAGGGAAGAGUGAUUGGCAGGCGGAGAUUCCAGAUUGGGAAAACAACGAUAAACUUGUGGUAGAUGGUAAAUUGGCGCCGCUGAAUAUGCCUGUCAAUAAUCGACCAAGUCAAUUUUCGAAAACGGAGAUCAAGCCAAUGGAGCCUAGUUACCAGAGUAUCCAGCCCAUUCCAGAGACAAGUAGCUCUUCCUCUUCCAAACGCUCCUCCAACAUCGUCCAUGUCUUCAAGAACCGUCUCAAGCGCAAACGAAACAAGCAAAAAGAAGCCCCAGCGACAAGUAAUCUAAGCGUCAUUCCUCGCAAAGAAGUAAUACCCCGCGUCAUCGUGCUGGACGAAAGCGAUCCAGAAGGGCCAGAAAAUCUGAUCGCGUUUUUGGACGAGCGCGUCAAAUCAUUCAACUCGACGCUGGAGAAAGACGACUCUGGCAAUGAUGAGAUGACUCUUGUGAACGACAUUUGGCGCAACGCCCUGAACGAGUUCAAGGACACCCUCCGCUCGCUUUCAGUUCAAGGCUACAAUGAGUUAUUGCUCGAUCAAUUACUGGAGAACUUUUCUGAAGCCUUCCAGUCCCAAAUCCACAGAUCAUGCGCCGGCGACGAGGAAAAAAAGCGAACUCUUCCGUACCAAAUGUUCAUGAAUUCAUUCCGCGGGACGCUAGAAGACUUCGUCAAAGAGAACAAAUCGCUGCGUCCGAUCCGCCGCCCCCGGCCCAAGAAGAUCGAGAAGGAAGACUGCCGAGGCCACCACUUCUCGCGUCACCAAGUCAUCCAGCCAAAUGUGUGUGCUGUUUGUCAACAGCGGCUCUUCUUCAUGAUCGAUAAAGUUCAACUUUGCUCCAUUUGCAAAAUCCUCGUCCACAAAGACUGUAUCAAAAGUCCCAAGCUUCCUCAAUGUUCUCUGACCUCACAAGACUUAAAACUGUUUGGAGUUCCGCUGCAGUGCCUGUGCAAAGACGGCCAAGACACGCCAGAAUUCGUGAUCAAGGUCCUCUCCUAUCUCGAGCUGAACGGCAUUCUCAAGCAAGGAAUUUACCGCGUCUCUGGCGCCAAAGUCGAAGAAAAGAAGCUCGAAUCGGAGCUGGAGCAAGACCCCUAUUGCCGAAAAGUCAGAUUCGAAAGUUACAAUGUUCAUUGCGUCGCCAGCAUCUUCAAAAUUUUCCUCCGAAAGCUCCCCGAUCCACUCGUGCCUUUUGAGUACUACGACAACGUUUUGCGCGCGAUGACUCUUCCGGAAAAAGAAUGCUCCGACGAGCUGCUUUCGAUUUUCAACGGACUGCCGCGGCACCACCGGGGCACCUUGGAAAGAGUCGUCUUCCACCUCGCCCGCGUCGCGCAAAAGUCCGAAGACAACAAGAUGAAUCCUCAGAAUCUAGCGAUCAUCAUUGCGCCUUGUAUAAUCCGCGCUCCGGAUCAUAUUCCACCACUUACAGUUGCCCAGCAAAUCGGAGCAACGACACGAGCAGUAGAAAUCAUCAUCAGAAACCAGCUAGAAGUGCUGAAAACAAAGUUCAAUUCGUUCUCCGCGCUGGACGCCAAGGAGCGUCAAUUGCAACGCGGCCUCAAAGAAGUCCGUCGCAGUAAAAUGAAACACUCGAUCAGAGUCAGCAGACAUCAGAGCAAAGCGCCCGUGGCGCAGAACGAGCCCGAGGAGAGCAUGGAGCACGAUGAAAAGCGCCUCGCAGCUGAUCUCGCUCGAAUAAAACAGCAAAAACGCGCCACCUUCUCCUCGAUCCGGGCCUUCAGUCACCCGAAUCAAGAGAGCACGGCCGCUUCUGAAUCGCUGAAAGCCGACUCUGUCUCCCGCAAUAACGCCCCUUCCACACCCAAAGCAGAUCAAUUUAUUCGCGCCGACAAAAACCGCCUCGCUCACCGACGAUUUAACAAAAGUUCAAAAUACACCAAUCUGUAA